AUUAGGGAAUGGUGGGAGUUAUCUGGAUAUUUUCUUUACAUACUUUAUAAUUUCCAAAUUCAAACGACGACUGAACAUCGAAUCAUUAUAUUUUAUGCUGACUUGAUUGUAUGCCAGUGGUGACUUUCGUGCACAGAUUCGAUCGAUUUCGUGUUGUUUACGUACCGAGUACAUCUAGUUACAUUGUGCAGAUAUUUUGAGUGGACGCUGAUUUAUCUUGUAAAAAGAAAAAAUGGUCAAGAUAGAAUUGUGCGGCUUAUGCGCGGACGGACAUCUGCACCUGAUUACAGAUAAAGGCAAGAAACUGAAAAAUGACAGUGGAGAAAAUAAAGAAGAUUUUCGUCAAAGAUUCCAUACUGGUAUGUUUCAACAUGAAAGUUUUGAAGAAAAUUCCGAUACCGCCGUACUCGUAAACCUCAAAUCAACGUUUGUUGUCCUGCAUCCGACGCAUUGUCCCCGUAAGAAGUUUGAAUUUUUAGAAUCAGAAAACCCAGAUCAAGUACCAGAUAAUGUUGGGCGUUUUGAAUCGAAUGAGAAUUACUUUACACAUCCGGUUGUAUAUUUACGUAAAUUCGAAAGUCCACCACCUGGCGAUAAACAUCGAUUUAAAAGACAAACUGAACAGCAAUGUAAAAAAAGUUUUUACCGGCUGAUUGAAGGAGAAGAAUUUACUCUGACAUCGGAACAAUUAAAGACUAUAUCAUAUAGCGAAUUGACCCAGAGAUUUUUACGACAAUUUUGGUCGUGUCACAUUCAGAAAGAUUUGUAUAAUUCAAGAGUGAGAAAAGUAGAAGAAAACGAGGAUCUUCGCGUGGUUAUAAUACAGUGGAUAUGGUGUGUAACCUAUAGUACUACCUAUUUAUCUCAAGAACUCGUCCGUGAUAUGAAGAAACAUUUUCCUGAGAACAUGAAUGUUGUCCAGCAAGUUUUGAAACGGCACGCCAAAGGUGUUUCUUCGUGGUCGAACUUUCAACGUCAAUUGUUUAUAGUCUAUGAACAUGUAUUAAUACGCAGGGCGGAGGAAAAGGCGGCGGAACGUAGGAAAGUGAAAUAUCAGCUGGGUGCUAUCGCUGUUGUCGUCACUUCUGUUGCAGCGAUGUGUCUAGUACGUGAUUACGACCGUCAUAUGGAUUUCCUUAGAAGUAUCUUUGAAUGAAAUGAAUGAUAAAUUAAUGUAGGUAUACGAGUUGGUCAAAACACGAGAUUUUUGGUAAGAGGAAUUGAAUAGAGAACUCGUUCCAUUUUCACUAAGACAAUUGUUACUAAUUUUGAUGUACUUUCGUGUCACAUAAAUUUGAUGCAUUUUCUGUUUUAAAAUGUAACGUGUACAUAGGUACGUACAUAAAAAAUGCUAACAAUUGCCUUACUGAAAAUACGAGUUGAACGAGUUCUCUAUUCAAUUCCUAUACAAAAUUUCCACGUUCGGUGCAUUUCAAUUCUUUUAGUGUUACUCGAUAAUUAAUUUAUUCAUUUCCUACUUUUAAUUUUCAAUUUAUUAUCGACUUUUUUUGAAUUUACCAUCGAUUUGUAAUGUUUCAUUUUUAUGUCGAUUUUCAAUGCUUAAUUUACUGUCGAGUGUCGAUAUUUAAUUUAUUUUCGACUUUUUAACGCUUAAUUUAUUUUUGAACUCCGAUAGUCGAUCAUCUACCUGUUUAUUUUCCACUUUUAAUAUUUAUUUAUUAUCGAUGUUUAUUUUUAAUUUUGUUCCACGUCGAUUUUUAAUGUUUAAUGUAUUGUCGAUUUACGAUACUUAAUUUAUUGUCGAUUUUUAUCACGUGAUUAUUUUUCGAUUCGCGAUAUUUUUAAUUUUUUUUCGAUUUUUAAUGUAUGAUCAAUUUUUGAUUUUUGAUGCUUAAUUUAUUAUCGAUUUUUGAUGUGUGAUCAAUUUUUGAUACUUGAUAAUUUAAGGUCAAUUUUUAAUAAGUCGAUUUAUUCGCGAUUUUUGAUAAUUUAAUUUAUUCGUAAUUUUGGAAAUUUAAUUUAUUCUCGACUUUUGGAACAGUUAGAUACUGUAUUGUGAAUAAAGUUUUAAGCAUGGCAAUAAAGCAGUUUUUUUUUAAA